AUGGCGGUUGCAGCAGUGAUGGCUCGGCGGGCGGCGGCGGCGGCGGCGGCAGAGUCGGAGACACCGAAGGUGGCCUCUCUGCCAUUAGUUUCACAGAAGCAGAGGCCCGGCUCAGCCCUCAGCAACCGUAGCGCGGCCUCCUCGCGUCCCCUGCGCCCCGUCAUCGUAGCGGCGGAGCCGAUGGCGGAGACGCCCAAACCUGUACACAGUGAGGAGAGUGAUCGCGACCUGAAAUCUGGAGAGCCGAGCGUCUCUAAGGCACUAACGUCGUACUCCAGAAAGGAGGUGGACGAUCAUUUCCAAGAAAUCCUGGAAGAGCAAGGAGUGGCCGAUGUCAUGGACGAAGAGGAGGAAACCCCAAAGGUUCCCUUAGUGGAGCGGACGGAAUUCGAAUCCUUCAUCGGCAUCAUGAUAGCCAUCAACGCCGUUCUGAUGGGUUUCGAAGUGGAUUUGGCACAGACAGGUGAUGUGGGAUGGAUCGUGGUGGAGAAUUUCUUCUGCAUCCUGUGGAUCAGCGAAAUGGUGCUCAAGAUGAAGACGCUGCACAGGCAGUACUUCAUGAACGCUUACAAUUUGUUGGACUUCGCGUUGGUUCUGCUGGCCGUGGCUGAAGCCUGGGUUAUUCCAUUCCUCUUCAUCGAUGGGGUCAGCGGCCUGGCCGUCAUACGCAUGGUGCGCAUUCUGCGCAUGUUACGACUUCUACGGCUGAUUCGGUUGAUGAAACUUUUCAAGAACCUUUGGCUGAUCAUCGUGGGCUUCAGAGAAUCUUUAAGCACGCUGUUUUGGGUGCUGAUGCUUCUAACGGUGGUCAUCUACGUGUUCGCCAUUUUUCUGCGCUACACGCUGAACUGCUUCGGGGCCUUCAGGGAAUGGGACGAUUGUGCGGAGUACUUCGGGAGUAUGCCGGCAGCGAUGUACACCCUGUUCCAAGUCAUCACGUUGGAAUCGUGGAGCCAGGUCUUCGCGCGGCCGAUUUUGAAAGUUCAGCCAGCCUUUUUCAUCGUCUUCCUGCUUUUUCUCUUCUUGACCACCUUUGGCAUCUUGAACAUCAUCGUUGGCGUCAUCGUUGAGAACACCCUGAAUGCAGCGAAGCAGAACCAGGAGUUGCAGGAGCGGCGCUUGCAGCGGCAACUGCGACAGGAACUGGAAAGCAUCCGACGCCUCUUUGAAGAGGCGGACUCAGAUGGAAGUGGAACCUUAGAACGCUCAGAGUUUGUGGAUAUUUUGAGCGACCCCACGGUGCAGCAGACCCUGACGCGCAUGGAAGUGCCAGUGGAGGAUCCAGGGAUGUUGUUCGAAAUCCUGGACCCCUCAGGAACCGACUCCUUGAGUUUUCCAAGCUUUGCACAAGGCGUCUUGAGAGUGAAAGGUCCUCCCACGCAGCUGGACAUGAAGACCAUGCAGCUGGGAGUGGCCAACAUUUCGAGACGGGUCAACAAAGUGGAGCAAUACCUGGACCAGCACUCGGCGAUGUUAGAGAGGAAUGCUGUAAUGCUGGGGAUCCUGAUGACCAAGCUGGGCUGCCACGAUCAGAUGCCUCCGAGCGUCUCGGGGCCUUUCGGCCACCGCAGCCGCCGCGGCUCUCGCGAUUCGCGCGGCCCUGGCGGAGGCGCUGGCACGGAGAGCGCACCGGCGACCAUGGCCGCUGGGGAAGGGCUGGAGCAGGAUGCCAUGGCUGCCAUGGAGGUUGAGAGUAUGGGCGACGAGGAUCCAGGGGAACUGACGCUGGAGAAGACCUUCUCCAAUGACAGCCUGGAGAUUCUGCGGGAGAGCGCCGCGGGAUUCCACAAGAAACCGUCCAUUCAGUCGAUCACGGUGCCAAGACUCGUCGUCUCCCAGGCUCCAGAUUUGCCGGGCUCCUGCACCUGA